AUGGAUCCAAACACGCACGCCCAAUACGAAAGCCUACUCUCCUCGCUCCCCAACGCGCAACGCCGCCAAACGGCACGCGACCUCCGGCUCGACCACAUACAAGCUCUCGGGUCCAACAUCAUGCUAACAGCCCUCAACGCGCGUCUUCAGCAAGAUCUGGAGACCGAGCGGCGCGAGCACGCUGAGGAGGUUGGGCGGGUAUCGAGCGAGCGCGAUGAUGUGGUGCUGCGGUUGGAUGAGGCGCGUCGGGAUAAGCUUGAGCUCGAGGCGAAGGUGAAGGAGCUCAACGAUCACGUGAAGAAAGUCGAACGGGAGAAAGAGGCAGUUGAGAAUGUGUACAAGAGGAUGAAGGCCCAGAUGGCAGUGGCGGCAGCCGCUCUGGAAAGGAUGAACCGUCGAGCCCAGGCGCGUUUUGAUGACUUUGAGUUACGGCAGAAGAGGCGCGAAGCGGAGACGAAGGAACGCGGUGCUGCUCGAGAGAAGGAGGUACAGCGAGAGGCGCCGCAUACCGACAGAAGCAGCGAGACUGGCAGCGAGACGGCCGACGAGACGGCGUCUACUCAUACUGCUGUCUGA